AUGGGUCUCUACCACUAUGAGCCCAGUCAAGGCCUAGCCGUGAUAGCAGCAGGCCUCUUCGGUCUCGGCGCCCUCAUCCACCUCUUCCAAAUGAUCCGCUACAAAACCUGGUUCUUCACCGCCUUCCUCAUCGGCGCCAUGAUGAUGACACUAGGCUACGCCAUGCGCUUCCUCUCCGCCCGCUCCCCAGACAGCGUAAUGCUCUACGCCCUCCAAUCACUCUUCAUAAUCCUCCCCCCAUCCCUCUACGCGGCAACCCUCUACAUGAUCUACGGCCGCCUCGUCCUCUUCAUAAACCUGCCCCACGCCUCCCUCAUCCGGCCCUCCCUCGUCACAAAAAUCUUCGUCAUCGGCGACCUCUUCUCCUUCUUCACCCAAGCUUCCGCGGGCGGCAUGAUGGUGCAAGCUUCCAUGGCCAAAACGGGCAAAACGAUCAUGCUGCUAGGACUGGCUCUCCAACUCAUCUUUUUCGCCUUCUUCCUCAUCGUAGCGGUGACGUUUUGGUUGCGCGUGAAAAAGGCGCUGCGCACUGCUGCUGCUGCCCCCAUCCCACAGGUCAAUUCUUUACCUUGGCCACGUCUUUUCGUCGCUCUGUUUAUCGCGGCGGGGUUGAUUAUUAUACGCUGCGCUUUCCGCGUCGUCGAGUUUCAACAAGAUGCUGAUGGUGUGUUGCAAGGACAUGAAUGGUAUGCUUACGUUUUCGACGCCGUGCCCAUGUUGUUCGUGCAGACGUUGUUUAAUAUCGUUCAUGCUGGACGCGUGUUGCCGAAACAUGGACAAGAAGACAGAGAAAACUUGGAUGAAGAGUACAUCAAGUUGAAUCAUGUGUGA